GAGGGGGGAGGGCGCUUCCCGCUGCCAUUAGGGCCCGGUAGAGAGACGGAAACAGAGCGGGGAGGGGGGAGAGACCGAUCCCCUCCCGGUGCCAGCCCCCUUCCCCAUUGGCCACCGCCGCCUUCCUGCAGCUCUGGCCCUGGUCAGUCGGAGCACGCUCUGCCCCAGCCGCUCGCAUCAGCGCCCCCUCGAAAGCGGUCAAGACUCACUGCCAUGGCUGAGGAACCUGCCACUAUUUGUUUCAAUGAAGAGGAUUUUUACUGUCCCGUGUGCCAGGAGGUGUUGAAAACGCCUGUGAGGACAGUAACCUGCCAACACGUCUUCUGUAGGAAAUGUUUCCUGACAGCAAUCAGAGAAAGUGGAACACAUUGUCCUCUAUGCCGUGGAACUGUGACUAAAAAAGAAAGAUCGUGUCCCAAAAGGGCUCUGGAUGUUGAAAACAACAUGAAGAAGCUUUCUGGGUGUUGUAGAUGCUGUGAAAAACAGGUUAGGUUUUCUCGCAUGAGACACCAUUAUAAAACAUGUAAGAAGUAUCAGGAUGAAUAUGGUGUUCCUUCUAUUGUUCCAAACAUUCAGAUUUCCCAAGAUUCAACAGGGAACAGUAAUAGGAGUGAUACAUCUACAUUUGAUAACGGAGAGAUGGCUAAUCUUCAGACACUUCAGGGAGAUGCAAGUGCACAUCCCACAUUCAAAUGCCCCCUGUGUCAGGAAACCAACUUUACCCGGCAGCACCUACUGGAUCAUUGUAACAAUAGACACCUUUAUCAGAUAGUUCCUGUAAUUUGUCCAAUUUGUGUGUCUCUUCCAUGGGCAGAUCCCAGUCAGGUUACUAGAAAUCUUGUUAGCCAUCUAAAUCUAAGACACCAGUUUGACUAUGGAGAAUUUGUGAAUCUUCAGCUUGAUGAAGAAACCCAGUACCAAAAUGCUGUUGAAGAAUCUUGUCAUGUGAAUAUUUAAAGUGUAGGUCCUCUGCAUCUUACCGCACUCUGAGGGAAAAGCUACAUGAAUCCAAUCAGUAAUCUGAAAUGUAUAUUAAUAAAAAGGGAAUUCAGUAUCUUUUUUUUUUUUCUUUCAGGUUAAAUAUCUUUUCCAAGAACAAGAGUUUUUAAAAUGCUUUUUGAUUAGAAAAAAAAUGGAGUAAAUUUUAUUACUAUAUUUCUUAAUUCUGCAUAAUUGAUCGUACAGCUAUUGGAAAGAUGUUAAGUCAUUUUACUGAGUAGAGUUCUUUUACUUUUAGUGGGGACCUUGCUGGAGCUAUUCACUGGUGUCUUUUGAUUUCUGUGUACAUUUUCUUGGUUUUGUUGAUCUUGCAGUUAUAUUUUUGUUAAUGCCAAAUUUGGGGCAGGGGAUGGGAAUCAGAUGCAAAGAUGCUGUUUUGCACUUUGCUUUUUAUAGUCAGGGUUUCAUUUACAAAAUUAUAUCUUCGGGAGAAUAUUUGUGUAUAACUUUUGUUUAAAGCUGAAGUGAUAUUUUUACUACCAUAAUUUCUAAUAAUAAAAGUGAAAAUGGCCAAUU